AUGACCGAACUUUCAUAUCCUAAUAAUCUCCUCAUAACAAAUGAUAAAUGUCGCAAGUAUUCAUGUUCCGGAAGGUCAAUUUUCGUCCAUGAUGAUACCAAUUUACUUACUCUUCUUUCUGAACAUCAAUAUUUACCAAAUGGCAACCAAUCUCAAGUAUACCUUUCAUUAAAAGUUACAAAAAUCAAUUCAGAUUUUAACAAUAAAGUAUACGUUCCUCUGAUCCCGGGUUAUGCGGUAUUUACAUAUAUUGGAGGCUAUUACUUUUAUUUAAAGUUAGGCUGGUAUUCUAUACAUCAUGUCAUUAUGUAUCAAUGGUCAGAUUAUGGCUCAGAUCCAAAUUUUACGCAAGUAAUUGCAACACAAUCAGAACCAGAUCAACUAUCUAGUCUUCAGCAAUAUCUGGAAACAAAUUCUGAUAUACGUUAUGAUGCUGAAGAAAUAUCAAAUGAGUUUCAUACACAAGUUUCCGAAUUAUCUAAUAAAAAUUUAAUAGUAAAAGGAUUAUUAAUACAUCCGAAAGGAUGGAAAGUAUCACUGCAAAUAUCUCAGGUAAUGGCUUUGCAACUAAGGUUAUCACAAAGCAAUUAUCAAAAUAUUACAAAAUGUCUCUGUCGUUCUCAAAAAAAAGUUAAACAAUUGCAAGAACAAUUACAAGAAAAUUCUGAUUGUUCUGACAAUUCUGACGACGAUUCUGAUGCUAAGCAAUGUCAUACUGUUACUAUAUUUACAAAUGAAUUUACCGAAAUGAAUUUUUCAAGAGUUGUUGCAGGAGCUGGACUUUUAGAAGGUAUUAAUCAUGAAGAAUGGAGAAAUAUGUUAGCUUUUUGUGGGAUUACUAAACAAAGUGGUAAAAGGCAAUAUUUUGAACAUCAAGAUAUUAUGCUUAAAGAUAUUGUGCAAGCGGCAUAUCAAAGUGCAGAUGAGGCUUUAACAGCAGCAUUAAAUUUUAUAAAAAACAGCCGGAAAAAAAGGAAGGAUAUAUUUUGGAGGGCAGUUUUGAUUGUGCAUGAAGCCAUAUGCAUGAAGCUUCACAAGCAAGAAGAAACAAUUGUAAUCAAUAAAGGCAAUUAUGAUAGCAGUUCUCAACAAAUGAAACAUGCAAUAUUAAUUGCAAUAAUUGAUAAAAUUACACCAAUAAUUGAAACAAAUGAUGUAAUACUUGAUAUUGGAAUCGAUAGAGAUUUAAAUAGUAACAAAACACUUGCAACUCAAAAAAUUGUAUACAAAAUUUUUACUGAUCUUAAACACAAAGCAAAACUCAUAAGGAAUAAAUUAGCUUCUAAUUCUAGAUGGAAAUCGUUAGAGCAACCAAUCAUGUCAUUUUAUAAUAAAUGCGUUUAUGAAGGUGUUAUUGCACAUCUUUCUGACAUUCAUGAUCAAUGUUGGCCAGAAGUAUGUUGGUUUCAUAAUUCUCCGGAUAUGGUUUUGGCGGAACUUAAUUUAAAAAAAUACACAAAAAAUCAAAAAAAAGAUCUUUUAGGAUUUUUAAAAUCAUUUGAAUUGGUUCGUAAAGUAGCACAUUUGGCACUUUUUUCUGAACAAGAUUAUUUAAAUCUGUUACAAUUAUGCAAAGAUAGAGAGGAUAAACGUGAAUAUAAUAUUGCAAAGAUUAAUCAAAGAAAUCAAGUACGUGCACAAAAAAUUUGUGAGCAAAAGAAAAAACUUGAAGGAUUUGACUUUGAUCAG